AUGGCUCAGGAACCAACGAUUCACCCUCUCUUCGAACGCGGGACAGGGACCUGGCAAUACAUAGUGGCCGAUUGCUCUACAUCAACUGCUGUUAUUAUUGACCCUGUGCUCGACUAUGACCCAGCCACGCAAACUGCGACUACCACUACCGCGGAUGAGAUACUGGCUGUGGUUGGGGACAAGGGCUAUACAGUUAGCCACAUCCUUGAGACCCAUGUGCAUGCCGACCACCUCACGGCGGCGUCAUACCUGGCGCAUCGCCUCAGCCAGAGACAACAAGGGACAUCGCCACUCAUCGGCAUCGGUAAGCGCAUCGUGCAGGUGCAACAACUGUUCGGGCAACGGUUUGGCAUACCCGCCGAGGAGUAUGAAGGGGCCUUCGACAAGCUCUGGGACGAUGACGAGGCGUUUAGGAUCGGGUCCCUAACGGCGGUGGCUAUGCACCUGCCGGGUCAUACUCCUGAUCAUCUGGGGUAUAAAAUCGGAGACAACGUCUUCUGCGGCGACUCCAUUUUUCAUGCAGACAUUGGUACCGCCCGCUGUGACUUUCCUAAUGGCAGCGCCCAGAGCCUUUUCCAGUCCACCCGGAAACUCCUCCGCCUCCCCGACCACGCCAGGAUUUGGACGGGCCAUGACUAUCCCCACGCUGACCGCAAGGACCCGGUCCCCUGGCUGACUGUCCGCGAUCACCGCACCCGCAAUAAGCACGUCAACGAGUCCGUCACGGAAGCCCAGUUUCUUGCCCUCCGCCAGGAGCGCGACGCCACCCUCCGCGAACCUAGGCUACUGUAUCCCUCGCUGCAAGUGAAUAUCCGGGCGGGAAGGUUACCGAGGCCGACGGCAGGGUACGGGGAGAGACUGCUGCAUUUGCCGUUGAAGGUAGGAGGAGGGGAGUGGUAG